ACAGAGAUGGUAGUGUGAGCCUGGUACUGCCUGGGCACCCACUCACGUAAAUCAGGCCUGCUAGAUAGCAUGGCAAGGGAGACUUUCCCUUUUACUUCUUCUACCUUGCGCUCACUUCGCCUGCAGCAAGAAUGGCUAGAAUGGGAAGAUCGGCGCCGGGCAGCUGCCUGGCAGCGCUAUAGCCGGAGAUACCCCCCAAGCACCCGAACCCAACUUACCCGGACCCCCUGCUAUUGCCGGGAUCCAGCUGUCCAUAAUGCCCUGUUUGUGGGUGAUCUACAACGGAUCCAGGCCCUGUUCCAGGAUGAGGCAACAGCUAAUAUGAUUGUGGAGACUGUCAGUGACCAGCUGGCAUGGUCGGCUGAACUAGGCCUCUGGGUGUUGACUCCAAGGACUAAACAGACGACCCCAUUACAAAUUCUGGCAGCCCGAGGCUAUACCAACUGUGUCCGUCACCUGCUUCUCCAGGGUGCUGAUCCAGAUGCCCGAAUUGGGGGGCAGGCUGCCUUGCAUGAGGCCUGUGCCCAGGCCCAGCUAGACUGUGUCAGGUUGCUGCUUGACUUUGGAGCUAAUGCUAAUGUGUUGUCAGAGGAAGGCAUGGCCCCUCUUCACCUCUGUACUACCCCCGAGUCUUUACGAUGUGCCAAAUUACUGCUGGAAAUGGGAGCAUCCGUGAACCUGUCCUCAAGGGAAAGUAAAGUUACCCCCUUGCACGUGGCUGCCGGUCGGGGCUUGGAAGGACAUGUUGCCUUGUACUUGCAGUAUGGGGCUGAUGUGGCCUUGCGUACAGGUCAAGGCGAGACUGCCCUCAACUCAGCCUGUGCUGGGGCUGAAGGGCCAGGCCGACAGCAUGAGCUGGUAGUCCAGCGGCUCCUGGAAGCUGGGGCGGAUCCUCAGGCAGCAGGUCGAAAGUGCCACACACCGCUCCACAAUGCCUGUGUCAAUGGUUGUGAGCGCCUAGUGGAAUUGCUGCUGUGUCAUGGGGCAAAGGCAGAUGCUCCUAAUGGGGCCGGACACACACCCAUGGACUGUGCUCUCCAGGCAGCUGAGGACCUCCCUGACGGGAAGCCUGAGGUCCUCAUUGCUGCCCUGCUAGACUAUGGGGCUCAGCCCAUCCGCCCAGAGAUGUUGAAACUGUGUGCUUUGUCUCCACGAGCCCUGGAAGUACUGCUCAAUGCCUACUCUUGUGUCCCACCUAGUGAAACAUGGGCUGAGGCUGUGCCCCCAGAAUUGUGGCAGGAGCAUGAAGUCUUCUACAGCUCAGCCUUGCGGAUGGCAAACCAGCCCCGGAGACUGCAGCACCUGGCAAGGCAUGCCCUUCGGAGCUUCCUCAGGAAUCGAUGCCGCUUUGCUAUAUCUCAGCUUCCACUGCCCCCUGCCCUGAAGGACUAUAUGCUUCUUCGGACUGAGGGAAGCAUUCAGUGAGCUUGAGUUGAGGGAGGUUGCAGGAUGCCCAGGCUUGGAGGAAUGACCUCUUAAAGAGUUAAUAGUUCUCAGCCUUUUAGCACAUGGGACUAAUCAAAUAGAGCAAAGGACACCAUGGAAAACACCCCUACCCCAAACUUCUUUUUAAAAAAAAGCCAUUUCUUAAUGGGAAAGAUGCUCAACAGUUAUUAAACAUGAGCAAAUAGCACAUGACAAA